AAAGCGAUAAUGAGUCGGGAAAAUCAAAGUGCAAAUCUGAACUUAAAAAAAAACCGAGAGUACUUGCAAGACUGUGCUUGACGCCGAAGGAGCUGUAGAAGAAGAAAAAACAGUGAGAGUGAAGUUGACUGGAAGUGAAGUGGAAGAAGUAGAGCGAGAAGAGAGCCAGCGAAAACAAUAAGGAACACAGAGUCGACUCCAAGAAAUCGCCCUUUCAAUCUAUCUAUAAAUGAGUAAGCAAAAUAUUCACAUAAAGGGGCCCUGACAAAAAACUCAAAAAUUAAAACGGGAGUAGGAGUAGGCAAAUAAAAGCAGCUGGCAGACAAAAAAAAAAACAAAAAACAAAGCCCAUACCAGCUUUCUACGCCUGGAAGUCGCAAAGGAAAAGCGCAAGACAGGAGGGAGUUAGCUCCUUAAGAACCCCACUAAUCACAAAACUCCACUUGGACCACGAAAUAAUCAUAAGCACCGUAAGCACGAAAAACCCAGACCCGACCAGUUGCCCUUUUAAGAGCGCUACAAUAUGGCGUGCCUUAACGCCCUGAAGCAGGAAAUCGAAACGCUAAAGAAGAUCUUCCCGAAGAACCACGAGCGCUUUCAGAUCCUCAAUUCCAGCGUCGACGAACUGCUCUGCUGUUUUAUCGAUAAGAAUGGAAAGCGCUACGAUAUUCACGCCCACAUAACGGGAUCCUACCCCUUAUCGCCGCCAGUUUGGUUCGCCGAGACCGAGGAGACGAGCGUUACAAAUGCUGUUCAAAUACUUAGCAAUACGAAUGAACGUGAUAAUCACGUGAUCAAUCAGGUGGGCAUACUGCUGCUUGAGCUGUGCCGCCUUCACAACGUUCCACUGCCACCCGAGAUCGAUAAUUUGGCUCUGCCGCUGCAAACGACGCCGACAUCCGAUUCCCCCCUCCGCUGCGAGCAGGGAACAGGUGACGGUGGAGCGGGGGGCGAGGGCGGUUCCCACGGCAACGAUGACACCGAGUCAAAUCAGGAGAAGAUCAAGGAUACCAUCGGCGAAAGCGAACAGAAGAGCGAGCGCGAUGAGGACGUUUCGCUGGAAAUGGAUGAUGUACGAAGUACAAGCAAGAAGGACGACAUGGAAGUGGAACAGUUAGCGACUCUAAAAAGACUGCGUCAAAAUCAGAUACAAGGCUAUCUAAAAGGUUCCGUUUUGGGUUCCACGCAGGCAACCGAUCGCUUAAUGAAGGAACUACGCGAAAUUUUUUGCUCAUACGUCUUCAAGAAGAACAUGUUUUCUAUUGAACUCGUCAAUGAUUCGAUUUACGAAUGGAACAUUAGCCUCAGGUCUGUCGACCCUGACAGUCCGCUGCACAAUGAUCUGCAAAUGCUCAAGGAGAAGGAGGGCAUGGACAGCAUACUGCUCAACAUCCGUUUCAAGGAUACGUAUCCCUUCGAACCGCCAUUUGUGCGCGUCGUCCAUCCGAUUAUCUCAGGCGGCUAUGUGCUCAUCGGUGGUGCCAUCUGCAUGGAAUUGCUGACCAAGCAUGGCUGGAGCUCGGCCUAUACCGUGGAAGCGGUUAUCGUGCAAAUUGCGGCCACUCUCGUCAAGGGAAAGGCGCGCAUCCAGUUCGGGGAUACCGAAGCACCGGCCCAGGUCCAAUACAGUUUGGUUCGAGCCAUGCAGAGCUUCAACUCUAUCGUGCAGCUUCACGAAGCGACAGGAUGGUUGACCCCGCCCAAGGAAGAUGGCUAAAACAAGAGACUGCACUGAACCACAUCCAUCCUAGAAUAACGAAUGCCAACCUACGCCAACCUACACCAACCUACACCAACCUACACCAACCUACACCAACCAACACCGACCAACACCACCCGUCGUAGCCCCUUACACCACCAGAAUUAGCCUGACCACAUCUGCCAAGCACGCAUCGCGCAUUCACUGCUGGCUUGAUCUGAUGUGUCUGAUGUCUGAUUUGGUCAGGACGAAGCUCCCAUAUUUAAGAUGUCCCACGAAAUUAUAUUGCUUGCAGCGUCGAUGAUCAUUAA